GUACUAAAAAUGGCGUCUUUGAAUCUAGGUCGCCGAGUAUUUGGUCAAUUUCUUCUGAAAUCAGCACAAUCUAAGAGCAAUCUUACAUCAUUUGGCAUUGCAAGAUGUAUGGCGACACAGGGUGAAUACAUAAUAACAGACAAGAAAGGGGAGAAGGGUAAUGUUGGCUUUAUUCAGCUGAACCGGCGUAAGGCUCUUAACGCGCUGUGUGAUGGACUUAUGAAGGAAGUAGCACAGGCUGUGGACACUUUUGAAGCUGAUGCAAACAUCGGCUGUAUUGUCCUUACUGGCGGGGAUAAGGCAUUUGCUGCUGGUGCUGACAUCAAAGAGAUGAAGGACCGAGACUUUGCAGGCGUGUACAACGGUGAUUUUCUCUCCUUCUGGGAUCGCUUGGCAAAAUCUAAGAAGCCUGUCAUUGCAGCCGUAAACGGAUAUGCGUUGGGUGGCGGGUGUGAGAUUGCGAUGAUGUGUGACAUUAUCUACGCUGGAGAGAACGCCCAGUUUGGCCAGCCUGAGAUCACACUUGGAACAGUACCUGGUGCAGGGGGCACCCAGAGGUUGUGCAAGGCAAUCGGGAAAUCCAAGGCAAUGGAGAUGGUUCUCACCGCGGAUCGUAUGUCAGCCAGCGAUGCUGAGAAGGCAGGUCUAGUGAGCAAGGUUUUCCCGGUGGACCAGGUGGUGAACGAGGCCAUCAAGACUGCAGAGAAAAUAUCCUCCUACUCCAAGAUCACCACCGCCAUGUGCAAGGAGCUCAUCAAUUCUUCCUAUGAGCUGUCCCUAAAGGAAGGUCUUCACUUUGAGAAGAGGAUCUUCCAUGCUACAUUUGCAACUGAGGACAGAAAAGAAGGAAUGACAGCGUUCUCCGAGAAGAGAAAACCAAAUUUCACCGACAAAUAAUGAACUUAUACAGUUAGAAUGGAGCGUUUCCUGAAUGAUUGGUAAUUGAUAACAUGUUAAUUAUGUAUGUGCAAGUCACUUUCUUUGUGUGGUGAGAAUGACAUUUAUAGCAUGGAUGUGACAGUGAGGCUUGAGUUCUUCAUGAAAUAGCAUGUAAUUCACAGUGUAUUUCAAUUUCUUUAUGUCAAUUAAAGUAAAAUGAUACAAUUUUGUACAAUUAUUUUUGUUAUACAUAUUUCAUUAAAGUGCUUUAUAACUGUGUGAUUAAUAAUGUCAUAAGAGAACAAAUAAAUUUGCAAAAUCA